AUGCUUGUAUUAGCUGGGGUUGAGUUUGGGGUGGGAGGUAGGGGAGUUGAUUUGGGUGACACUUGGGACAGUUCAUGUUACAGUAUGUCUCAACGGAAUAUGAUCUUCACGAAUCUAUAUGAAAGAAAGUGGCAGAUGCAAAAAUGUCAAAUUCACAGAUCUUCGAUGAAUCAUUCUUUCUCUCUUGCCAAGACGACUCUUUAA